AUGAAGUUCACCACCUCCGUCGUUUUGACCGUCGCUGCAGCCGGCUCUCUCGCCGGUGCCCAGCCCCAUAAGCAUAACAAUGUCCAUCAUCAUCAUCAUCACAACCAUGUCAAGCGUGCCCCUAAUCCCGCUACGACUGAAGUUGUUGUUGUUCCAGGACCCACUGUGUACGCCUACGAGUUGGAUGGCAAGAUUAUCGACCCCAAGGAAGCCUGUGCCGGUAUCCAGGACGGCUCCUUAAAGUUGUCUGACCCCAACAUUCCUCAAAACGCUUGUGCUACAGCAUCUCCAACCAACACAAGCCCCAAGGCUGCUCAAUUCUACGAGAAACCAAACCCAACCCCAGCCCCAACCCCGUCUCCUACCAAGGAAGCCGCUAAUUAUAACGAAGAGCCCAAGAUUGAACUACCUCCUAUCUCAAUCCCAAGCAUCUCCGUGCCAGUGGACACUAAAUACCCAACCGAACCCGCCAAAGGUGGCAAUGGCGUCGACAUCGACUUCCCUAGCGGAGAGAUACCCUGCUCUGAGUUCCCUUCCGACUACGGUCCCAUCUCCCUCGACUGGCUGGGAUUGGAUGGCUGGAGCGGUCUCCAGUUCGUCACUGUGCAGGGCCAAUCUGUCAGCGACAUCCGCACUGGUAUCAAAGGUGACAAGUGCGAGGAUGGAGCUAUGUGCUCGUACGCUUGCCCGCCUGGUUACCAAAAGUCGCAAUGGCCAUCCACCCAGGGUGCUACUGGCCAAUCCGUUGGUGGCCUGAGGUGCUCUGAUGGCAAGCUUUACCUCACCAACCCCACCCUCUCCAAGAAACUCUGCAUUAAGGGCGCUGGUGGCGUUCAAGUCAAGAACACCAUGGACAAGGUCGUUGCUGUUUGCCGUACUGAUUAUCCCGGCACCGAAUCCGAAACCAUUCCCCUCUCCUCAAAUCCUGGCUCCACACUGGAACUCACCUGUCCUGAUGCCGGAAGUUACUAUAAAUGGAAGGGCAUGGACACCUCCGCCCAAUACUACGUGAACCCCAAGGGCGUCUCGAUUCAAGAGGGCUGCCAAUGGGGUGAUGGCAGCAAGCCAACUGGCAACUGGGCGCCCGUGAACUUGGGCGUUGGCAGGAAGAACGGUGCCGUUUGGAUCUCUAUCUUCCAGAAUAAGCCAACCACGAAUAAGAAACUGAAUUUCAAGGUUGAGAUUGUGGGUGAUAACUUGGGAGGUAAGUGUAAGUAUGAGAAUGGGAUGUAUCAUGGAGCUACCGGCUCGAAUGAGGAUGGAUGUACUGUCCAAGUUAUGUCCGGCAUGGCAACAUUUGUCUUCAGUGAUUGA